GUUUUGAAGUUUUUUUUCAUAUGUUAUAUUGUUUAGUUAUUACUUAUUACUCUUUACACAAAAUACAGAAUGUAUUAAAUGUCUGAAUUAUGUCAUUUUCCAUUUUUAACGUCAUUCAAUUCCAUUAAUUAUACAAAAAUUGUUUUUUUUUUAUAAUUAUACAUUGUCAAAAUGACUGCACCAUGUAUGCAUGAGUGUGAAAAAUGUAAAAUUCCAAUUGAGGGUUAUUCUCAAGAGUUCAUUAAACGAGUAAAAAAAAAUGCUGAAAAAAAUUUUGAAUGUGAACUCUUUAUACAGCGAUAUAACAUACAAAACACUACAAAACACCGAGUUACAGAAUGCCAAGGUUGUCUUGAAAAAACAUGGAACCUAUUGCCGGAAAAACAAAAUAAACCAAAAAGUGACAAUUGUAUUCCAGAAUCUCAACAAAACAGUUCCGGUUUUAAUAAUUUAUUAUCAAAUCUAAUUUUUAGUCGAUUAGGAUUGGGUCUUACAUUUUUAUUCCUUGGAAUAUUGUUGUCAACUUAUUCUAUGUCAACUGACAAUAGUGCGGAUUUACGUAACGACACCUUAGACAUAGAUAACUUUAAGUAUGAAAUCAAUGAACAGAAAAAACAAUUCCCGUCACAGAGAAAAUGGCUAUGGAAUAAACUCAGAUCAGGAUUCCGGAGACUCCUCAAUCCCGGCGAACCAUUUGUUCUUUUACUCUUGCAUGAUAACAAAAUGACCUCCAAUUGUUUGGCGUCAAUGGUGGGCACCACAUUUAAACUUAAAAUGCACAGCAAGUCCAACAACAUGUUGUGGAUGGAUGGUUCCGACUGGAAUAGCAACAACACAUCACAACAAGACGAAGAAGACAUAAUUUACCAAAAGUUGCUGCUGCUCGAGGAACACGAAGUGCUGGUCGUGGAAAACUUCCAAGACCUACCGUGGAAAGCGGUGAAGCCUUUUCACUUUUUUUGCGACGCCUACAACCCCAAAAUCAAAAACGCCGUUUACGUUCUUUUGCUGAAAGUGGACGGCGACCGGUUGAACGAUGCAAUCAAUGAAGGCAAAGAGGUGGAAAUGGCCGAACGGGCGAUUAAUGCAAUUUGGCCAGACAUGCCCAACGACGAAAGGUCGCCUCUCAUCUCCAGAUUGACGACCAACGUGGGCAUUGUCAUACCCGAGCAGAACCCAGAGUGUCCCUACUUGAAAAACGGUGCUAAAAAAAUCGAUCUAAUUAACAUAUCCUAGGUCCCUAUCGCCGUCAUAUCGUGAUAAUCACAUUUUAUUAAUAUUAAUAUGUUUUAAUUAUAUAAUGUAACAUUUUCCUCAAAAACUAUUGUUUUUUUUUUAUUUAAUGCAAUAAAAUUAUGACCUGUAUAAAAAAUACAUGACUCCCGUGUUUGAGCAAUUCAGUUCGAAACGAGCAGAUUUUAUUUUU